CUGGGCACGGGUCAGGUCUUGUAGCUAGGAAGUGAACACAAGCACUGAGGGAGAUUUUUCAUACACGUGUAUUGUCAUUACAGUGUGUUUAGAUUGAGUUUAAAAUCCCUAAGAUGGGCAGCGAUGAAGAAAAGUAUGACGGAAUGCUGCUUGUUAUGGCACAACAGCAUGAAGGCGGGGUACAAGAGCUGGUCAACACGUUCUUCAGCUUUCUGCGACGAAAAACAGACUUUUUUAUAGGAGGUGAACCUGGAGCUCCUGAGAAGCUGGUGAAAGAGGCGUUCGCUCAUCACAGUCAGCUGGCACUCAAGGCCCAGAGAGAGAAAGAGUCCAGAGAGAAGAAGGAGAAGAAGGAGAAGGCAGAAAGAGCGGCUAAACUCAAAGCCGAGGAGGAGGAGAAGAAGAGGAAGGAGGCUGAGAACGAGCCCAGAAUCAAAGAGCUGACGGACGAGGAGGCCGCCAGUCUGCAGACGGAGAUAGACCAGAAGAAAGAAAAAGAGCGAGUCUCUGAAAGCAGCGCUGCAGGAGCAUCGGUUAAAGCAGAUAAAGCGUCUGAAUCUGAAGGCGAGGAAGACGAGAAGGAUAAGGACAAGAUGAAGCCUAAUGCUGAAAACGGAGCAGAUCUGCCCAACUACAGGUGGACACAGACACUGUCUGAAGUGGACCUUGUAGUGCCUUUCGACGUGAAGUUUCGGCUGAAGGGGAAGGACAUGGUGGUGGACGUUCAGAGACGUCAUCUGAAGAUAGGUUUAAAGGGCCACCCACCUGUGAUCGACGCCCCGCUUUUCAACGAGGUGAAGGUAGAAGAGAGCUCCUGGCUCAUUGAUGACGGAAAGAUAGUGACCGUCCAUCUGGAGAAGAUAAAUAAAAUGGAGUGGUGGAACAAGUUGGUGACCACAGACCCUGAGAUCAACACCAAAAAAAUCUGUCCAGAAAACUCCAAGCUUUCCGAUCUGGAUGGAGAAACACGCAGCAUGGUGGAAAAGAUGAUGUAUGACCAGAGGCAGAAGUCCAUGGGCUUACCCACGUCUGAGGAGCAGAAGAAGCAGGACAUCCUGAAGAAGUUCAUGGAGCAGCAUCCAGAAAUGGACUUCUCCAAGGCCAAGUUCAGCUGAGAAACCCCAGCCACCUUCUCCAGGACUUCUGCACUUCAGUCUUCUCUCUCUCUCUUCACGUGUCGCUCCUUCACGUCACGCCACGUGUUCCGAAAAUUUCAUUCAUGUUUACACUAUUUUUCAAACUAGAAAUCUGACCUGCCGUCUCAUUCUAAUGGUCAGAACCACAUUGUCACUAUUGUUUAUCGGACCCGAGACGUUUCAGAGCUUCAGAAGGUCUCGCUUCUCAAAUCUCGGAGUCGUGUGCUGUUUUUUGGAUGAAAAGCUACCAACCUAAUAUGUAUAAAUAUUUUUAAUCAUCUUUAACUUGCCCCAUUAUCCUUUAAAGCAACCUUUUUUCAUCUCGUAACAAACUGAUUAGACACCGAAAGCCCUCUGUUUUAUUUAUUUGUGAGCAGACGAACAUUUCAGCAUCUGUUUGUUGAAGUAUGUCAAAUUCUUGGAUGUAAUGGUUGGAUGUUUUUGUAAUGCCGCAUUAUGUAUAUGACUAAAAGUAUCUGCACCCCUAA